AUGGCGGAGGGCAUGGGCGGGUCAUACGCCUGCCUGAACGAGGCGGGCCGCAAGGUUGCCAUCUUCAAGCCCUGCGACGAGGAGCCCCUAGCCCCCAACAACCCCAAGGGCUACAUAGGCCGCUGCCUGGGGGACGCGGGCUGGAAGCCCACUGUGCGCGUUGGAGAGGCGGCUCUGCGUGAGGUGGCGGCUUAUCUGCUGGACCACGGCCAUUUUGCACGCGUGCCGCACACCACCCUGGUGCGUGCGUCUCAUCCCAACUUCAACUAUGCACAGCAGCAGCAUCUCCUCACGGAUCAGCUGCCGGCCUGCAGCACUGGCGGCUUGUGCGACGAUGGUGGCGCACUGGGGGAGGUGCCGUUACCUGCUUGCGGCCUGCCUCCCAAGCUGGGGUCCCUGCAGGAGUUUGUGAGCCAUGUGUCCGACACCAGCGAGCUGGGCAGCGGCCGCCUUGCCCGGAGGGACGUGCACCGCAUCGGCAUCCUGGACAUCCGGCUCUUCAACACAGACCGGCACGCAGGAAACAUACUCUGCUGCAACCCCAGCGAUGGCGCCGAGUCGGAGGCGCGUGGUCGCCUGUUUGGCGGCGGCUUGCCAGGCGGCGGUGGCGGCGUCGCGCCGUACGAUCUCGUGCCAAUCGACCAUGGCUUCUGCCUGCCGGAGGCUCUGGAGCCGCCCUACUUUGAGUGGCUGCACUGGCCCCAGGCUAUGCUGCCUUUUGAGCAGGCCGAGCUGGACUACAUCAUGGCACUGGAUGCCGCGGCAGACGUAGAGCUCCUGUGCUCAGAGCUGCCCAUGCUCAGGCCACAGUGCCUGAGGGUGCUGCAGGUGGGCACCCUGUUUUUGCAGCGGUGUGCCGCGGCCGGCCUGAGCCUCGCGUCAAUGGGCCAUCUCAUGUCGCGGCCUCUGGACGCGCUGGACGGCGACGACAGCAACCCCAGCGAGCUCGAGCGCGCCUGCGUCAUGGCGCGCCAGGCAGUGGAGACAGCCGUGCUGCUGGGGGCAGCCAGCGCGUCCCUGGACAGCAGCAUGGCAGGGCUGGCCCUGCCCGAGGGCGACGAGGAGGAGGAGCUUUCUGAGGAGGAGCGCUGCGGUGCUGGGGGGAAGGAGGGCGGCCCGUCCGGCGUGCGGGCGCCCUCGGCGGCGGGCAGCGGGUGCGGCGGUUUGCAGCCGCACCAGCAGCAAGAUGGUGACUAUCAGCAAAGCGCAGCCCCGCGCCGAGAGGAGGCCCUGGGCUUGUUCAUGUUUGACCUGGAGCCGGAAGGGGAGGGCAGUGUGGCUGGCAGCGACCCGCCGCGCUCUGAUGCAGCGGCCCCCCAGUCUCCCUACAGCCAAGUGUCCAUCGACUCUGUCGGCUCGGGAGCCACCGGUUCUGCGGCCAUAAGCAUCAGCGGCAUGGCUGACCGGCGCAGGGACGUGGGUGAGAGCAGCAUGGCUGUGGCACGGUCCGUGUAUGCCGGCAACGGCUUCAUGCGGCGCCCCCCGCCCAAGGCACCCAUGCGCGCGCAGUCACCGCGCAGGGCGCUUGGUGCGCGCGUGACGUACCCCCCGCCCGUGGUGGCGGCGCCGCCGCGCAGUACCAGCGAGGUGCUGUCUGGCCUGAGUGAGGAGCAGUGGGCGGGGUUCCUGGGCCACCUAGGUGCCAUUGUUGAAGAGCACCUGUGCAGCGGCACGUGGAAGCAGGCUGGGGCGCCGCCCGCCGCAGUGGCCAUGUCCUGCCCGCGCUUCUGA